GUCAGACUGUCAAGUCAAUAUUUUCUAAACUUCGGCGAAAACACAAGUUCAAACACAAAGGUACAAAUGUUAUAGAAUGUAAAUAUUAGCGAAAUAAAUAUUUAUUACAAAAACAAAAAAAAAUCUACUGAAACCAGAUAAGACAUGGCAGCCAUACUCGGAGGUGGCCUAGGAGGUCUAUCAACAGGUUAUUAUUUGCUAAAAAAUAAUAUUUCAAACAACAACAACUUAAAACUCUUUCUUUUGGAAGCAACCAAUUACUGUGGGGGAUGGAUAAAGUCGAUCAAGACAAAAGAUUAUAUUUUUGAGCAAGGCCCAAGGACUAUUCGACCAAGAGGUGCGAUCGGUCUUAACACUCUAAAUAUGCUACAGGAUUUGGGCCUCAGUGAACACAUCGCUGCAAUAAAGCCAGAUCAUCCGGCCGCAAAAAACAGAAUGAUAUACGUUAACAACACUCUCUACUCCUUACCUUCUAGUUUAAAAGCUAUGUUUCAGACAAAUGAACCCUUUUCGAAGCCUCUUAUUUACGCCGCAUUUAACGAUCUAAAACAGCCCCAAAAAGAGUUGAAAGAUGAUUCCAUUUACAAUUUUGUUGAACGACGAUUUGGUAAAGAAAUAGCAGAUUAUGCAAUAUCACCUAUGAUAUGUGGAAUUUGUGCGGGUGAUGCAAAAGAAAUCUCAGUAAAAUUUCUCAUGAAAACAUUAUUUGAAUAUGAACAAAAUUACGGAGGAGUAAUAAAAGGGGUUUUUAAAUCUAUGUUAAAAGGAAAGAAUGACGAAAGUUUAGAGUUAAGUGAAUUAGCUAAAAGAGCUCAAGAAGAAAAAUGGAGUAUUUAUACAAUAAAAGGUGGUCUUGAGACAUUUCCUACAGCCAUGAAACAGUACCUAGUAGAUAAUAAUGUUGAUUUACAUUUAAAUACCAAAGUAAAAGAAAUUGAUUUUGUAGAUUCAAGUAUGGUGAGGCUUAAAAUAAAUAAUGGCGAAGCCUUGACCGCAACACAUGUGUAUUCAUCUGUGCCAUCACACAUUUUAUCUAAGUUAGUUAUAAAACAACACCCACAAUUGUCGGAACUAUUAAGCGAGAUACCUUUUGUAACUGUAGGUAUUGUUAAUUUAUAUUUUGCGAGUGAUAAACCUUUAAUUGAUCCCGCAUUUGGUUUCCUUGUUCCUCCAAUCGAGAAUUCUCCUAUCUUAGGUGUAGUUUUUGACUCCUGUUGCAUUCCUGACCAAAAAGGUACAGUUUUAACUGUCAUGUUAGGUGGUAGGUGGUUUAAUGAAAAGUUUGGAAUUGAUGUAACUAAAGAUAGGCUAUAUGAAAUAGCUAUGAAAGAAAUAAAAUCAAUUCUUAAAAUACAGGACAAAGUUGCGGCUUACAAUGUAGGUAUUUUAGAUAAAUGUAUUCCUCAGUAUGUGAUCGGACAUUAUGAUAGAGUGAACAGGAUUAGAGAGUACAUACAAAACAAAAAUUUGCCCAUAUCAUUAGUCGGUAGCAGUUAUGAUGGGGUCGGUAUUAAUGACGUUAUUUAUUCAGCAAAGACACAAGUUGAAAAAGAUGUUACCAAGUGAAAUUUUUGAUUAUUUUUAUUUUUAUGGGUUGAUGUUUAUUUAUAUUUUAGUGAGAUUUAGAAACUAAGUACGGGUUAUAUUCUCAAAUUUCAGUAUGCAUGUCUUCCAGAGAUAUUCUUUAUUAAAUAUAAUAUGUUGUGAUAAUUAUAGUACACUAUUUAUGUUGAAAUUGUAAAUAAAUUGGUUUUUUU